AUGGAAACAACAACCUUAGUCGCCAUCUCCAUAUCUGGUUUACCUGUAAGCUUUACUAGAUACGCCUUAUAUACUGCCUUUGGGCAACCCUCUCAACACCUAAGAGACCCAUUCAAGGAACACGGGGACUAG